ACUAGGUUCUCUCAUCGCGGCGCUGCUCUGAGCUUGUUGUGCCUGCUCGGCUCCCCGCUGCGCUGCUUUCCCUACGGGGCGUGGUGGCGCUCAGUCCGGCGCACGGCGCACCGCCACCAGCUGCUCUCCGCGCACCAUCUGUCCGCCUCUGCCUCGACAAACAUGGGUGUAGAGAAAGAAAAACUGGACACCAGCAUAAUUAUGGACGAAGAUGAGUUCAACAGGUCCAUAGAGCCGAUCCUGUCGAAGAAGGGAAAGGUGUGCGCCGCGGCGCAGGAUCGGGAUCCAAACGACAUCAACACGCACCUGGAGGUGAGUUUUGCGGAUGUCAUCGGCGAGCCAUUGUCCACCCACAGCUUUGACAAAGUGUGGAUAGGAAGCCAUGCCACCUUCGAGCUGGUCAAGUUUUUCUUCUACCGCCUGCUGACCACGCUGCUGGCUGUGCCCAUGGCUUUUAUACUUGGACUCGUCUUUGGAGUGCUCAGCUGCAUCCAUAUCUGGUUGGUGAUGCCAGUGAUCCAGAGUGUCAUGAUGCUCCUACCUUCAGCGCAGAAAAUAUGGAGGAGUCUGAUGAACAUUUUCAUAAGUCCGCUGUUCCACAGCCUGGGAAAAUGUCUGUCCUCCAUUCAGGUUCAAAAGACAGAAGACUGAUGCAGACACCACUCUUUCCCCUGGAUGAAGAUAACUUCUUUAGGAGAGAGUGGAGUUGUUGGAUAAGGUUAAAAAGAAGGACACAUGAGUUGUUAAUCAGUGAAAUAUAAAAUACAGAAAAAUACAAAAAUAAAGACAAGCUUUGGAAAAAUAA